GGAAAGUUUUUUUGUUGCUAACAAUAUCAUCAUCGAAAAUGAAAUCAUACCUUCGGCGAUGCCCAUUGAUUCUGAUAACGUUCACAAUGAAAUAUUAUCUUCCGACCUACCCGAUGGGACGUCUCAGCUGUGGAAGUAUACAGUCAACAUGUAUCGCAUUUUCAUUGACAUCAAACGAUUGUUGGAUCGGUUGAAAAUUGAGCAGUCAUCAGGAACAAUUGACUUGGAACAUUUAGCAGUGUCAAUUCAGAUCUGCUGUAAGUUUGGAUUGGAACCGUACCUUCAUCCUUCGAUGGCGAAGAACAAAUGCUUUUCCACCACCUAUAGAGCAGACGAUAUUCGCUCCAGCGAAGAAUGCUAUGACCGAUUGAGCUUAGGAAUGAAAACAUUUUCUCAGCUGUUAUUGCUGAAGGAGUUUGGUGAGCACAUACAGUUUGAAGAAGUUUUGCUGACAUUCCUAGCUGCAGUUUUUUCAACGACUCGAAAUGAUUCCCACCUCAUCCAUAGUAUUUUGGAUCAAAUUUACGAAAUAACUCCGGAAAAACACUUUCAUACUUUGCUGAUCUUGAAAAGUAAUCCAUCGUUGCCGGCUCACUUACAAAAAAUGUUGCACAGAGAGUUGAUGAAGCGAUUGGUGUGUCCAAACGGAUUCGAAGUGUUGUGUAAGACACUCAUCAAAACCGGUGAUGAUCACACCAAUGACCCGAUAUGGAAAUUGUCGUCGGCUGUUUUUGAUAUUGUUGGUCGUAAAGGCCACCAGAAGGAAUUCUAUGUAGCCGUAAUCGAUGGAAUUUUUCAAUUUUUCAAGAAGUGCAUUCAAUCAAAAGAACUGGAAAAGUAUGUGGAAGCUUGUGUAGGAAGUCUGAGCCGGAUAUACGGCUUAAAUAUAGAUGAAGUGUCUAAUAAGGUAAUUACGUUAUUAUUUGGAAGAUUGGACGAAUUGUACUCACCGAAAGAGAUUUUCGCCGGAUUCAUUGCACUGGACAGUCAUGAAUUCACCGAACUCAUCCUAAUCAAUUACGCAUGCUUCUGCAGCUCAGUUCAUGUGGCAUUGCCAUCGGAAAUUCUAGUGCCUUACUUACGCAUCUUGUGCCAAAUAUUUAGUCAAAUCGAAGUGACGGAUCUCCGUGAUAAAAUUGCAACGCCAAUCGUACAGUGCUUACACAAUCGUGAACCGACUGAACUCAAGUCAAUAAUAGACUCACUGCUGUUCACGGAUAAUGAUAAUUAUUUGCAAUCGAUGCAUCCGCGAAUAGUCGUUAAAUCGAACAGUCAAACCUCCGAACAUAAAUGUGUGGUUACUAAAGCUAGUGAUUUGAAUUUCUUUGAUGCAAGUGAAUGUCUCAUAAAUAUCCUCAAAUCGUCCGGCAACAAUAUAUUGACCUACAACGUCUUCAUUCAUUUGUUCGGUAUUUUGACUGACGACGGCAACACGUCUCAAUCAAAGUCUGAUUUGAUUCAAAGCGAAGACGAACUGACUCACCUGAUGUCACAGGUUUUCAAGAAACGAGUGGCUGUUUAUUACACUUUAUCUGAACUGAUAAACCACAAGCCGCUGCACUAUCAAAUCAAUGAAAAUUCGUCCGAAAUGUUGAGCAUCUGCAUAACAAUACUACGAAAUCGCUUGACCGAUCCGGACAACGGAACACAAAAUGAUGACCAUUCAACAGUUCUUGUUCUUUCGAUAAUCAAAGAAUUUCUGGAAAAACUUAAAUUCACACAACAAUUUGACGAAUUUCUCAAAAUACUGCAACAGUUGAAAGCUCAAAGCGGACAUAGCGAAAUCGUGAAUCAAAUCAAUUCAAUUCUAGUGGCACUGAAUCAUUCGCCACAAACGACAACGUCGCAGUAUUGUGAAAAGAGUCCUUUUGUUAUGGCUAAGGAGAUGUGUGAAGAAUCUGAACCGCACUUGAAAGUGUAUGGAUUGAUGCAGUUCAUAAAAUUGAUGCGCACCGACAAGGACACGGAGACCAUUAACAAUAAGCAUGCUGUACUGGCGAUUUCAUUGAUUUGUUUGAGGAAUGAUGAUAGCUAUGUGUUCCUAAAUUGUAUUAAACUGCUGAUUGUGUUAUGCGAUGUACUGGAGAGUGAAGUCCUUGAAAUGCUGAUUGCAGAAUAUCAAUCGACGGAAAAUGACGUUGACCAUCGGCUCAAAAUUGGAGAAGUUAUUGUGAAAGUCGUUGAAGGAUUGGGUCCGAUGUCGUACAACUACAAGAACAUUUUAAUAAACUGCUUCCUUCGAGAAUCAACAUCAAAUAUCAAUGAAGUUCGGCUAUCCAGUUUAUCUAACUUAAGCAGUAUUUGUCGCAUUCUGUCUUAUCAGAUACAUAAUUUCUUCCAAGAGAUGAUGGUAAUCUUAAAAUCAGUGAUACAAAAUGACGACUAUCUACCCGCCCGACGUUCAGCUGUAAUGGUACUAACUGAUGUUAUUCACGGAGUGGAGAAUUUACUUGAUUUCCAAGAGAUUCUGUUGCCAGUAUAUCAGACACUUCGUGAUGUAGCAAACAACGAAAGUGAUCGGUCUGUUCGCAUCCAUGCUGAGUCAGGUUUGCAACGAUUAAACAGUAAAAUAAAGGAUUUCCUUAUUCCCAAACAAGCAGAACAUAAGGAAAUACAAAUUUUUAAUGUAAAAAAUAAUGAGGACAAGAAAUGUCGAUUCGUUGAUCUUAAUUUAAAAUAAAUGGUUUGGAUUGACAA